CUUCCUUCUCCGCCCCGGCGAUUUCUUUCUAGAGCGGUGGGUCUAGCGUAUGGUCGCCGCUUCGCGCCCCAGGCGCUUCCCGCGGGGGUACCGGAAACGCGGGCAACAGUCAUAGCACCAAGAAUAGCACAUCGUCGUCUGGGAAUGCUGUCUCGGGGAAGAACUCGCCGGGCAGGUGCGUAUCGUCCAGGUUUUCGCCUUCCCGCCUGGGGGCCGGGCUUCCUCGUGCAGGGAGGGGCGGCGGGGACGCCGCGGCCUCGUCUCGAUCGAGAGGGGGAGCAGAUGGGGACGGCGAAGAGGCUCCCACGUUCGAGCUGACAUCGGUGUUCCAAGCCACCCCUGCCAGCUCUUCGGUGUCGCCUCGACCCCAGGGCUCAGGCAGUCACACUCCGGGGGGACGGUGGAGGGGAUCCCAGCACCCCAUGGUCCGGGCCAGGCAGCGCGCUGGCUGCUCCUCCGGCGGUGCAGCAGCAGCAGCCGGCACGCCGCCGUCGUUCGACCCCACUCGCCUGGCGGCGCGGCCGAGACCGGUCGGAGAGACAGCGGAGGAACUACAGGAGGUGGAGGAGGUGGAGGACGUAGGGUCCGACGACCACGGCGAAGACGACGGCGAGGGCUUCCUCAACAGCAACGCUUGUGAGGUCGCUGACGGGGAUUGGGGGGCGUCGCGGGAGGGUCGCGGUGGCGAUGGUUGGCGAGAGGCGGAUGGCGGAGCCGGAGGCGGUGUGGUUGACUACGAAGACCAGCUGUUGGGGGAAGAAGGCGGCGGAGAUGCAGCCGCGACGAGGUUGGACGUGAGGUUGCAGCAGCAGCAGCAGCAGCAGCAGCAGCAGCAGCAGCUUCGGCCGUCGGGUGCCGCAGGCAUUGAAGGCGAGAACCCGGAGAGGGCGAGAGCCGUAGCACCGUCGGGGCGCGCGAUGGAUCCCACGGGCUCCGGGAGGAGUGCCGAGGACGAGCCCGGAGUAGAAGCUGUUCCAGACUCGCACCGGCUUGGCACUCUCUCGGACGAAACUCCUGGCGCAGAAGCUGGGACGGCGACGGAGGCGUUGGCCAUGUCCCCGGCCGCAGCGCGACGGCCGCAACGAGUGAACGAUACCGCCGCAGAAGCUGCCGCGACUGCGGCGGCGGUCGAGACACCGCGAGGUGCAAAAGGUCGUCGUCAUGAGCAACAGGCGGAGAGGCAAGGGGGGCGACAUCGUGAACCCAACAGAGACCGGAGCAGCCCCCCGCCUCGCACCCCCGUCCGGCCCCCGCGGACGAUGUUCGCGCCUUCCUCCUUCGGACGGAGCGCCCCUACUUCUUCGUCCGCCGCCGCCGCCGCCGCCGCCGCUACUGCUGCAUCCACCACCGGCGGGAAGUGGAGGCCGUCCUUCGGCAGCGCUGGCGGCGCGAGGGGCGGCGGGCAGUCCCUGGCCGCCGGCGCGACGCACGCUCCCCGGGCGGCGUUCUCCACCCCCGCAAGGGACAGGGACAGGGACAGGGACGGGGUCGCGAUGCCGCCGUCGGGGUCUUUGGGGACGGGGGCUACGGGUUCGGCCUCGUCCAGGCGGAGGAAGGGGAGCGGGGCGGGGAACGGACCUUUGGGUCGCCUUCUGCAGCAGGUGAGGGCGCGUUGCGAUGGCGACGAGGCGCGCCUCCUCUCGGGGGAGUUCCCCUUCAGACAGCCGUCGUCAGCCUCCAAGUCCACCACCGGCGGCAACAACAACAGCCACCUCGACGGCGUCGGAGUCGGCGGCGGCGGAAGCGGAGCCAAGAGCCGGAGAGAUUACGGCGACCCCAGAACUCGUUGCAGCGUGGCGCUGGACGCUACGGUAAUGCUCCCCGCUGCUACUCCCCGAGGAUCCUCGGUGGGUUUUGAGGGUGGCCUUUGGGGCGGCGGCGAGGGGAACGAGUUGGGCCAGGCCGGUCGCGGCGGGGCGAGUGGGCUGGUGUGGUUCUCGUGCUUCGUACACCAUGUGGUGGACGUGUCUUUGGGCUUGGGCGGCAACCGUGUUAGGCCUGGCAGUCGUUGUGCCACUUCUGCCGCCGGCGACGCCGCCGGUUGGUCGAGUGUCGCGACCGACUUCGGGUGCCUUCACCGGCUGGAGGGGGUCCGCGUGGACGGACUCUUCAAGCAGGACACUCGAAGGGCCGUCGACGUUGGCCCCGGGUCCCAGCUCCGCAUCUACGACCCUUCCUGCGUCUGGUACGACGCUGAGGUCGGAGGGGAAGGAGGGAGAGCAGAGGCGUUGCUGGUGUGCACGCAGUUGUGCGAGCCAUACCCGUCCUGCUUGCCGGCGCUGCCGUCGCCCCCGCCCCCGCCCCCGACAGGGGGUGGGUCAUCUUCCCACCAGGGCGGCCGUGGCGAAGGUUCCCGGACGACCGGUACUGCAGCAGCCAGCGCCCUGACUUGAUUGAGCUCGUUGGAGGAAGGGCUGUGCGCCCUUGGUUGUUGGUGCCGAUCGUGUGUUUAGCUUGUUAAUAUGCACAGCGGUUGAGAUGGUCUUCGCACCCGAAUAGUUGUACAUUGCCUUUUCUCGGGCUGCGUCCUCUGCCGUUUUUGCCGGCGCCCAUCCUGUGCGAUUGAUUGCUCGCGGUUUUGGAGGAGGUCGUCAUGAAACCCUUCCUUGGUUCUACUGUAGAAUGCGAUAGUGAGACGGAAUUGACGCCUGCUCUGUGUCGAGGCACUAGGCGAUGGUGCGAGGCAUUUUGUACAGAUCGCGCUUCGAGGGGGGGGCAGGCAGGUCCAGCGAUCUGACGCCUGUUGGCGUUUCUUUGCCGCACGUUCAUUUUUGACGGAGAGGUACUGGGUGUGGCAGUGUUGCUAUCGCGUUGAAGAGUCUCAUCGGUUGGUGAAUACGCGUCUUCUUCCAAGCAGGCUCUGGCAAAGCUUCCCUCGGGUGCAUCGACCCACCCGUCCCAAAACCAACUCGUCGAGCACGACAGAGAUUCGAAUAUUCCCUACCGUAGCUUGUUUCACGUU